AUGGCAAAGAACAAAGAUGACAUAAAGUAUGCAACCGCUCAAACGAAGCAAUCGGAAGACGAGGCGAUUCGAGUGAGAUACAAACACGGGACACCACUGGAAGGAGGAAAGAUCGCAGAGUCUGAGCCUGUAGAGUUGUUCUCAAGCGCUCAAGGCAUCGAAAAGGGAAAGGAUCAGGCAGCGUCUGAGAUCACUGGAGAUCAGAAACAGAUGCACCGUGACGUUAAAGAUAAUCCCGGAAGACGUACGAAUGAUAGCCCUCGUUAAACUUAUGUAGCUUAAGUCAGUUCUAUAUGCACUUUUCUAAAUAAAGUACGUUUUGAUCA